AUGCUGCUAACCAGGUUUCUGUUUGGAAUUUUGGCAAUUAUAGUUUCAAAUAUAAUAUACAAACCCUGUCAAUCAAUAAAAGAUGAAUUUACUAUAAACCAGGUUAAAUCAUCUUUUAUCCAGAGAACAGAUGUGGAUCCAAAUACUCCAGCUUCAGUCAAAACUGGAGAGACUGUGGAUGUGAUCACUAAUAAGAAUGAUGGUGGUGGGUCGGAUAAAACAAAACAAGAGCCUAGUAAAGCUGAGACCAAGGUAGAAUCAACCACAACCAAAGAGCAAGUUCAUGAACAUGAACAAGAAAAACAAAAAUCAGAACCUUCCCAAAAAACUGAGGAAGUUACAAAACAAGUUGAAAAGGUUGAGAAUCCAACAAAAGAGAGUUCAGACCAAUCUAAAACUGUAAACUCAGAAGUUAAUCAUCAUGACCAUAAAACUCAUCAUUCUCAUGGCCAUCAUCACAGGCAUGGACAUGGACAUAAUCAUGAUGAAGAUGAUUUCGAUGAUCAUGAUGACUUUGAUGAUGAAGACCAUGAACAUGACCAUGAACAUGAAGAUGAAGAGUUGCAUCAUGCCAAAGGUGGUAAUGGUUCUUCAGUUACUGAACACAAAAAGGAUUUAAAUUCAGGACAAUCUGAAAACUCAGAAAAGGAGGUAAAACAGCCAGAAGAACCUAAAGAUAGUCAAAAGGUUGAGAACGCCCCAAAGGUUGAAGGUGAACAAAAAGUUGAAAGUCAGCAGAAGGCUGAGGAAACCAAACCUACCAAUGAACCACAAAAGAGUGAAGAAACCAAUCAGACUAGUGAGCCACAAAAGAGUGAAGAAACCAAUCAGACUAGUGAACCACAAAAGGAGAAAGAAGUCGUGACAGAACAACAAAAUAAGGAAGAACAGCCUGUUAAAGACGAUUCUAAGAAGGAAGAAACACCUUCUCCUGAACAAACUGGUGGUGAAGAACAAAAAUCGCCCGUGGAUAAUCAGGCCAAGGAGACUGAAGCCGACAAGGCUGAAACUGGGGUUGAAAACAAAGAAGCUGAACAAAAUUCAAAUGCUGUACCGGAACAACAAACGCAGGUACAAACUGAAAAAUCUGAUAGUGAAAGCUCGAGUGACCAAACCCAACCGCCAAAUGUAGAAAAUAGCCCUGGUGAAUCGAGUGAAAGUCAAGACACCACUCAGCCUAGUUGUACCUGCGACAAAGAGGUAAAUCCUCAUAAACAGGAAGUGAAUAAUCAGGAAAGUAAACCAGAGAAUACUGAACAGGCUGAAAAUACCCAAGAGAAAACUAAAGAUGAGACUAGUCCAAAAGAAAAUCCUAAACCCAAUUCAGAGGCUAUGGAACUUUACAAAACGGACUUGGGUAAAUUGAGUGAAGAAGAUAACCAUAGUGUUCAAGAAUUCUACAAAAAAAAUCAGGCUAAUUGUUCAAUUGAUUGCUCACAAUCAUGUAAAACACAGUUUCAAGGUCCGACUCAGUGCUUUACUCAGAGCGGAACGGAAGUAACUUGUUCUGCUUUUGCAGAUGCUACUAGUUUAACGUGCCCACUUGGGGCCAACCCCUGUUCCACCCCUAUAGUAACUUCAUUAAAUUCAUUCACAGUAAAAAAUGGAAAUGAAGAAGUUGGAACCCUCGAGGUAAAAGGAGCCAAUUUCAACAAUUGUACUGGAUUAGCUCUUGCUCCAGUCGAUGGUAAGUGUGGUAAAGAGCAACUAUUCCACAAUCUUUUGUUCACUUCAAAACAUCUAAAUGUCGAUUUUAAUACUGAAGUGGGACCUGAUAAAGUCGUGUUCUCUAAUCUUAAAAUCAAAAAUGGAGAAUACAAGGUUUGUCUUUUCCAAAGACAUGAUGAAAAUGGGUCGCCCGGUAUGUUUGCAUCGUUACUAAGAAGGAUUUUAACAUAUGCUGAUCCAACACACAACUCAGGAAACGAUUCAAAAACUCUGUUCUCAAUAGAUGUGGGAAGUUUGAAGGUAUCGGAUUAAUUUUAAACUAAUUGUAAUGUUUUACCCAUUUCUUUCACGCCCGUAUUCCUUUAAGUUUGAAAACUAGAAUAAAU